GGACUUCCUCUCUUUCUCUCUUCCGCCCGUCAUCGCCAGGUAUUUGACGAGAUAUUUCGCUAAGGAGGUUUACACACACAUCACACUGACUCGGGGACGCGCUUUCCCACGAUGGACCACCACACACCUUCCACAGGCAAUGAACUAGGUUUCCUACAAGAUGAGUGUAAGAAGGAGCACUUCACCAGUGAGUUCGUAGACGAAGCUUCAGAUUUCUCUGACACUAAACCAUUUGAAGUGGAUGAUAUAUUGGAUUUGGCCGGAGGGGCCAUGGAUGCUAUCGCGAGGCACAGGUCCACGUUGCCACGGACAGAAGAGCCACUUAUGGACGAGAAGGCGCAUCCGGAGCAGCGUGAAGAGGACUGGGGCCGUCCGGACGCCCCGCCGAGCCCAGACUUGGCACGGACACAGCGAGUCCUUGCCAGCCCUGCAGCGUCUCAGCUGGUCGACCUCUUGUACUGGCGCGACCUGCAGAGAACGGGGGUGGUGUUUGGAGCCAGCCUGUUCCUGCUGCUGGCCUUAAACGCCUGCAGCAUCAUCAGCGUGCUCUCCUACAUCUCCCUGGCCCUGCUCUCCGUCACCAUCUCCUUCAGGAUAUACAAGGGCAUCUUGCAGGCCGUGCAGAAGUCGGAGGAUGGCCAUCCUUUUAAGAUGUACCUGGAUCAGGACGUCACGGUACCUGCUGAGACGGUGCAGAACUACGCUGACGCUACACUGGAGCACGUCAAUGCUGCCGUGAAGGAACUGAGGCGCCUCUUCCUGGUGGAAGAUCUGGUGGACUCUCUGAAGUUUGCAGUGCUGAUGUGGAUCCUGACCUAUGUGGGCUCCUUGUUCAAUGGCCUCACUAUCCUCAUUAUUGUGCAUGUUGCAGCUUUCAGUUGGCCAGUAAUCUAUGAGAAACACCAGACGCAGAUUGAUCACUACUAUGGACUGGUGAACAACCAAAUUAAAGAGGUCAUGAAAAAGGUCCAAGCCAUGAUGCCCGGCACCAAGCCCAAGAAGGAAUAAAGUCAGAAUGAGCACUACAGAGUGAAUGACUGAAGUGUAUGCAGGUGAAAUAGGAAAUGACUUUGAAAAUGAGUUUUUGGGUUGGAGACUACUUAGUUUUGGAAUAAUGCCUCAGACAUUGCGUUGUAUGACCCCAUCCCUCACGCUCCUUCCCCACCCCUGUAGCUUUACAGCUAAAAACCUCCGUCCAUUACCUUAACAACCCCAUGAGCCAAAUCACUGUCUUUCACAAUAGUUCCAGUGCGUUGUGUUUAAUUAAACAUUCGGGAAUGAGAGUUCAGGAAUGUGAAAUGCCAAGGGUCACCAUGGA